AUGGGUCCCCCGGGAGAGGGCCACACGGGUUGGGUCCCCGGGAGAGGGCCACACGGGGAUGGGUCCCCCAAGAGAGGGCCACACGGGGAUGGGUCCCCCAGGGAGAGGGCCACACGGGGAUGGGUCCCCCAGGAGAGGGCCAGAGACCCACUCCCAGGCCGCUCCACCCCCUCCCCAGAGACCCACUCCCCAGAGACCCACUCCCAGGCCGCUCCCCCAGACCCCUCCCCAGAGACCCACUCCCAGGCCGCUCCAUCCCCUCCCCAGAGACCCACUCCCAGAGACCCACUCCCAGGCCGCUCCAUCCCCCCCCCAGAGACCCACUCCCAGGCCGCCCACUCCCAGGCCAUCCCCUCCCCAGAGACCCACUCCCAGAGACCCACUCCCAGGCCGCCCACUCCACCCCCCCCUCCCCAGAGACCCACUCCCAGGCCGCUCCAGGCCGCUCCCCUCCCCAGAGACCCACUCCAAGGCCGCUCCAUCCCCUCCCCAGAGACCCACUCCCAGGCCGCUCCACCCCCUCCCCAGAGACACACUCCCAGGCCGCUCUACCCCCUCCCCAGAGACCCACUCUCAGGCCGCUCCACUCCCUCCCCAGAGACCCACUCCCAGGCCGCUCCAUCCCCUCCCCAGAGACCCACUCCCAGGCCGCUCCAUCCCCUCCCCAGACCCACUCCCAGGCCGCUCCACCCAGAGACUCCCAGGCCGCUCCACCCCCUCCCCAGAGACCCACUCCCAGGCCGCUCCACCCCCUCCCCAGAGACCCACUCCCAG